AGUGGAUGAUUCUAACAAAUAUAAUGAUAGUAUUGGAGGUUCCUCGACCAAUAACAAUGAUAAUGAUAAUGCAACAGGUGCAUCAAACAAAGAUAAUGGUAUUGUUACAGUUCCUUCAAUCAAGAACAAUGAAGAUUCUUCUAUUGACAAUAAAUGA